AGUUCAGGAUUAGCUGCAUGGGAAUGCUGAGUAGUGUUCCCUUCCAUCUCUAAUAGCAGCAGGCUCUUCUUUACAAUCCUAAGGCAUCAUGACUUACCCAGGCUUCAGCUGUCAGCUACUGCUCUUAUUUCUUGGGCCUGGCUUCAGUUUGGGUGCUGCUCUCCAUUUAGUGCAUUGUGCCCCUUGUACUGAAGAAAAGCUCAGGCUGUGCCCACCACUGUCUGCCAGCUGCCCAGAAAUAUCCCGCCAACCAGGCUGCAGUUGCUGUCAUAGCUGUGCCCUUCAGCUGGGGGAGCCUUGUGGAAUAUACACAGCACGGUGUAGCUGGGGGCUUAGUUGCCAGGUACAGGUAUAUCAAGCUCGACCCCUUUAUGUUCUCACUCAGGGGCAAGGCUCUUGCCUCCCCAUUGCUGAUAGGACAGAAACUGCAGAAUCUGUGGAACCAGAAGAUAUGCCCACUGAGGGUGGUGAAAUAACAUCAGAUCACUUGGUGUUUUCAGCUGAUCAAGAUAAAUCUGACUCAUGGGCUGCUAAUAACAUUUAUGAAAGUUUGAGAGCAAAGAAAGUUGCUGAACUUAAGAAGUGGAAGGAACAGGGACCGUGUCAAGAAGAACUGUACAAGGCACUGGAUAAGUUGGCAAAAGCACAACAAACAACUGGAGGACAGUUAUACAGAUUUUAUUUACCCAACUGUAAUAAAAAUGGAUUUUAUCAUAGUAAGCAGUGUGAAACUUCACUUGAUGGAAAUCCUGCAAAUUGCUGGUGUGUGUAUCCAAAGAAUGGAAAGAGGAUUCCGGAGUCUCCUGAAAUGAUGGGCAAUCCUGAAUGUGAACAAUUUAUUAGCUCACAAAACUAAUGAACAAAAAUUGCACAAAUGUGUGUUGUAUUUUUGCAAACUGAAUGUUACUUGCAUUUCUAAGGCCAGAGACACCUUGGUUAACAGAAUUUUAAGCAUGUGAUUAGACAACAAUGUGCUGUUAAGUAUGCUUUUUGGGAAGUCCCAGUGAUCCCAAUUGGGCUGAUUGUGUUCAAAUAUACUGUCAGAUUUCCUGCUUUGCAGUUCAGAUUCAAAACAUUUAAUUCAAGGAACAAGAAUCUAGCAGUUCUGAUUAAUAAUAUUUAUUAGAAGGAAGGUUAAGUUCCAAGAAUUUUAGCAAGUACGCAACUUUCAAAUAAGAAACCAACAUUUAAUAUCAGUCUGUUUUUCAACCUUGGCAUCUUUAAGUUACGUGAAGGGCUGGAAGCAUGUUUCUUUUUUAUGAAAGUAGGCUGUUCAGCAUCUUGCAUAGUUUUGGUAAUUGCUAGUCUUUUUAUGAGUGAAUAGAAUAGUUGUGUUAAGAGAUUAUAGCACUGUGGUCAGCAUUACUGGUGGAAUGGGGAUUCUUGUCCUCUUAUUGUAUUCUUGAAAGUUAAGCAAUAGUUAAAUAAUAAAGGGGGGAGAUUAUGGACUACACAAUAUGAAGUUCAAAGAUUAUUGAAUUAUUUAUUUAACAUGUAUUUUUAUUUUGUGUAUUAAUUUAUGUAUCUGUAUUUUUCAACACUUCAAAACUUGUAUGAAAACAUUUUGACAUUUUCUCUAAGAAUAUGUAGUGUCCUGUUUUCAAACAGUACAAUAUAUUAUUAACCUCAUUUGCAAAUAUAGUGAAUGAGGAUAACAGAGUUCAAGCAUUUAUUUUCAAAAGUGUGUAUAUGUGUAUUAUGUUGUUGUUUUACUUCAUAUUGCUUCUCAUUUUAUCAUCAAGGAGUUCUCACUCUGGAUAAUGUUAUUAAGGAAAUGUUCUUCAGAAAUAUAAAAGACACCUUAAAAGGAAAGUUGUUUCUGUUUAAUAAACACAGUUUCUUUACAAACAAGUAUAAACAAACUAAAAUUAAGAAACUGUAAUGUACAUUUAUAAUAAACAUUUAUAAGUCAGCUUUAUGAUGUUAUUUAAACAUUUAUUAAACAAUUUUAUUUGAACCCUAUCCCUUUUUUGUUCAAGUUUGGUUGACCCUAAUUCAAAGUUUGUCCUUCAGAACUGUUUUGUUAUAAAUUAUUAUUUUCAAAGAAGUAUCUAGAAAAGUUUGGUCACAUACACAUUUUAAUAUGUAUGGAAUUAGUGUCUCUGGCAACACACAGAUGCAG